AUUUGUGGCUUUUAUCAGGUUCAAAAAUGCGAUUGAAACUAUUUUUUCCCAUCGAAAAAUGACGGCGUUCGCCGUGGUUAUUUUGCUUCUGUGUUUCGGUGGAAUCCGUGCCGCUGAGUUGAAGUGUUCUUUGGGAAACGAUCUCCAGCCUUUUAUUUGGAGGCGGAUUGUACAAAAUGGGUUGAGCUGUGAUAUGGAACUUACUGCGGAGCUCAUGACCAGUGGUCUGAAGUUUCCGGGACUAUGCACCCUGUUACUCAUCAACGCGAUUCCUGACGGAGCGGUGGUUGAUCCGAAGGAAUUGGAAGAUUUUCAGGAGACUGAACUUGGAUCUACUGUUUUUCUACCGAAUGCUUCGCGUGGAAAUCCGAAUGAAGUUCACACACUGUUGGCAUACACUCCAUUGAAAGCAUCGGAAUACUUCUUGAAGGCAAACGUCGAAUUUCCUUUCAAUCUUGAACUGAAAUUUCCUGACGAUGACGUCAAGAAAACGGUUUUUGUCGAGUUUUCUCCGCCAGAAGCUUUUAUCCGAUGCGAAGGCGUUGUUCUCAAUCAGGCAUGUGUGAAUUUGAGUCUUGAAGCGCCCUGUGAUGCGUCGAACUCAUCUCUUUGUUCGUGGGUGAAAUUGGAUUACCGGACGAAUCCGGGACCCGUGGCCGCAGAAUUGAUCUCGGGCGACGCCUUUCUCUGGCCGUUGCUUUCUUUUGUCGCCAUCGGACUCACGGUGUACGGGUUAACCUACUUAGUGAAAUACAUUCAGAGGAAGGACGAAGAGCUCCUCGCCAACGAAGCCAAAAAGUUGAACCUUCUUUGCGGGAAAGAAGAGUGAUGAACCAGCAAUAGUCGUCUUUCGAAAAUAUCGUCUUUCAUCGAAGUGUUCAUUUUUGUAACGCGUUUUGAUCUGCCUCGUAUGCUAGUGAUCAGAUGAAACAUAUCUAUGGUUCGCAAUAUGCUGCUUCACGUCCCAUAGCCCGUAUAAGAUUCGUUGUUCGUUUUAAUACGUGAUUUUGCAGUUUAAACGCUGAUGUACGCGUUCGUAUGCCAAAAAUAGUUCCUCGUAUCAAAGUCGUUCUGCGUGCGCAUUUCUAUUGGGAUUUCGGAGUGUAGAAGGGAUUACUGUCGCAAUCUCAGAUAGAAUCAACGAGAGAAGUUCUCAAGAAGCAAUCAUACAGUGAAGGGAGUUUUCUCAAUUUAAUGCCCGACCUUGAUGUCUGGAGUGUGAAAGAGAUGUCGCUUGAAUCGCCAACCACACCACAACAGCCCGAACAAGUCUGAUAUAAUCGAUGCUUUCUAUGCACCUGCCUCUGCCCGGUUCUUUAUUUCCUUUAGCAUGAAUUCAUGAUUAGAAGUUUUGUGGUACAGUCAAACUUCGUUUUAGUGCCAUCAUUUGUCCUGGCGCAUUUUGUGACGCUAGGUGACAGUACUACUAAAUCGGGAAUAUUGUAUGAGAUGAAGGUUUUGUAUACUGUGGGCAAAAUGAUAAGCUUGCCAGCAGCAUUGUACGGCAUUGAGUCUGCUUUUAAGAG